AUGGUCUUGGCUGAACCGAUUGAUCACGAACAAAUCAUGCGAGCCAACGCUCAACAGAUUGAAACCGAUGCAUCGACUGUCAAACAGCUGAAAGCGAACUAUGAAGGACAGCUAAAUAAGUGGUCUUUUGACGCAAACAAUGACCUACGCGCAUUCCAGAUGAAGAUCGACCUGUCAGAUGAAGCUAAAACGUCCAAGUUACAAGACAUCAAAGACAAGUUUCAGGAUGCCUUGAGAAGGAUUUCCGACCUUGAGAAGAAGGCUGAGGUGGAUGAGUCUGCCCAAACACGUCUACAGAUACAGGACGCUAACAAAAUCCACAAGCUUUCCUCUUUAGAUCCAGAAAAUAUCGGCAAAGAUCUGCAGUUGCAACAAGAAGAGCUAGACGGCAUCAAAAACGUACUCGAUUUCUUUGAAAAAGUGGAGGUGCUAAUUCACCAUCUCAAGUCUGGCGUAGAUCAAAGUCUUGAGAGAACCGGUAGUUUCGACCAGCGUUUAAGAAAUCUUGAGGAACAACUGGUUCAAGCUUCUGAACAAAAGGCCGCCGCUGGCACCACCAAUAACAUGAAGGAUCUCGAGACGGCAAUAACCGCUCUCCAGCGCGAUAUUUCAACUCUUCAAACAACAGGACAUCAACUUGCCAUGGAAGAAUUGAAAAAUGUUAGGGAUAAGCUUGAUUUGGUAGAGGUACGCAAGUUACUCAAAAGAUUUCCGGGUGGCAAGAGUAUUAAUGGAUUUAUAUUCAGCAAACACAACGAGAUCUUGAAUCAAGCAUAA